AUGAAUCGAAGUUAUUUUCAACAGUUCGAGUGUCCCUCGACCAGAAAUAAUAAGAUAUGUGAUAAUCCUGACUGUAUGUUUUCCCAUCGACCAAUUCAGUCUAACAUAGCUGACACGAAAUCCAACAGUCAAACCAAAGAAUCGACUCAACCAAACCGUUCAUCUGCAACUCCUAUAGAUUUAACUAAGGAAGGUAAUACGAAUAAUAUACCAACCAUAGAUUUAACAGUGGAAAGUGAGGAGGAAUACGAGCCUCUGGUCAAUGUUGUUGUUUCAAGGAAGGAUAUCGAGAAACCAACUAUCAUUAGUCCUCACCUGGUCAGCAGUACACCUUUAGGAGAGGAGGUCAACCCGUCAGUUCCAAGACCAGAUGGAGUUAUAAGUCAUAGCAUUCAAACUAGACCGACCGCUGCGAACUAUAAUUCCGAGUUUGAUGAUUUACAGAUUCUUAGUUCAACUGACAAAGCAAAGCCCCGAACUACCUAUUACCAACGAUCGACAUCAGAAGGAAUAACCCUUCCCGAAGGGAAGCCACCAAUCCCUCUGCCAGUCGCAUCUGCCCAAGGUUCUAUCAAUAAUGUGACUCCUUCGACAACGAAACCAACAAUUCAAGUUAUACAUGGUGGUCCACCAAAACCAGCGAUAGAUUUUAGAUCACCCGAAGUAAUUAAUAUUUUAAUCAGGGCGGCGGAAAAAGACCAAGCAGUGAAUGAGUUGAUGAAUCUGGUUGCGACUGGACGUGCAACCAAAGAAGAUAUGAAUAGACUUAAGGAGAUCAUAUUACUAGAAAAACAAGCGGAGCCAUCUGUGUCAAUAACCAGGUCUGAGAAACCAAUUAGAAAUAAGAAAGAAGAUAAUAUGUCUUUGUUAAAGAAGAAAAAGGCUGAAGAUGUUGACAAUCCAGCUCUAAAGAAGCAAAGGGCCGAAGUUCUUGACCAUCCAGCUCCAAAGAAGCAAAGGGCCGAAGUUCUUGACAAUCCACAUCCAAAGAAGAGAACCGCCGAAGUUCUUGACAAUCCACCUCCAAAGAAGCAAAUGGCUUCGCCAAUACCCAAGAAGCAAGAUGAAAUGACGCCAGUGGAGACCAAGACAGAAGAUUCUUCUAGCGCAUGGGAAAUUUUUAGGAGAGAAAGAGAAGGUCUUUACAAUCUUCCUUCAAAGAAGCAAAAAAUUAUACCGUCUGACCAAAAAGAAAACGAUAACAAGUCAACUGAACCUGAAGCUACUGAAGAUCCCAAAUAUAUUACACCAAAACAAGUUAAGAAUAAUCCUGCCACCAUUCAAGUCCGUAAGCAAUUUAUAGAAAUGAUUGUUACAACAUUGCUUAAAAAGGAUCCGACAAUCAAGCUUCCGAAAACGAAAGCAAUUGAAUAUGAAUUUGAUCUUGCUCAAAAAGCUACCUCGGGAACAUAUACAGUGUUAAUGAAGCAAUUAAUUCAUCGUCUUUCUAAGGCAGAGAAACCCACGGCAAGCCAAGAGAAUACUUCACGGAAACACGGUGAUUUAGACAAAUGGAUUAUUCCGGUGCAAAAACUUGAAAAGUUCGGAUAUAUCAUGAAGAAACCCGAACCAUCGACCGAAAAGCCGUUUAUAAGGACAUGUGUAAGAUGUCGAUCUCAGUUCAGGGCGGAUCAACAAUCUAAUAAUACAAUAUGUAAUUAUCAUCUGGGGAAAAUAAUGAAAAAUGAUAGAAAUGAAAGAGUAUAUGAAUGUUGUUUGGGUAAUGAAAAUGAAUCUUAUUGUGAAACGGCCAAGCAUCAUGUAUUUAUACUAGAUACACCAGAAUUAAAGCAUGCAUUUAUACCGUAUCAAUUCACCCGAGAUAUCUUUAAGAAAAAGAGCCAGUAUAUUGCCCUUGGACUUGAUUGUGAAAUGGGAUAUACUACCAAUGGAUUCGAAUUAUUGAGAAUAACUGCAGUAGAUUAUUUUACGACCAAGAUUGUAUUGGAUGUUUAUGUGAAUCCAAAGGGAAGAGUAGUUGAUUUUAAUACUAAAUUUUCCGGGAUUUCAGAAUUAACUGAUGAUUUUGUACUGUUUGAAGAACUGAUUAAGAAGUUAGGUGAAGUAAUGGAUGCAAACACGAUUCUUAUAGGACAUGGAUUAGAGAAUGAUUUGAAUGCGUUGAGAUUAAUUCAUGAAAAUGUCAUUGAUACUGCGAUUUUGUUUCCAAAAUAUGAAGCAAGUCCGAAGUUUAGAUGGAGUCUUAAGAGAUUGGCAUUUAAAUAUUUAAGUCGAAAUAUUCAGACUGGUGAACAUGAUAGUACAGAAGAUGCAAUUGCUGCAAUUGAUAUUGUCAAACAUUUUGCUGCAAGAUGA